AUGUCAAUGCAGUCAACAAGUUUCACGCCCAUGAGUGGCCACACGACGAAUAUCAACAUGCAACCAGCCCACGGCACGCUCCUCCAUGAUGGAAAAUCCUUGGACGACCAGGAGUAUCAACGCGGUGACCCCGUUGCAAUCGUCGACGAUGGUGCGAGAGAGACUCUUACAGAUGCGAUCCAAAUUCUCAACCUCCGGAACAACCAGUACAUGCUCGUCUUACUCAAAGCUGUGUGCUGGGUUCCUACUCACACCGAGCAACGGUCCGGCACCACUUUCUUGCUCACCUUGUACGGACCAAACUUGGACUUUCGUCACUCUCACUCUGAGCGUCCUCAGAUGGGGUAUCGUGGCAUCGCCACUCUUUUCGGUUCCGGCGUCUAUGUAGGGCGCGAGGUCGUGCUAGAGGGCAAUCUCUCCAGGGUCAACCUUGACCCUGCGAAUCGGAUUUCUCUAUUCACAACUCAGUGGGAUGCGCUUUCAGUCCACUCGGAAUUGCAACAACCGGCAUUGACACCCUCUGCCUCGUCCUGUGCUUCAGAAAGAAGCCCUUCCGAGUCCGGGGAUGACGCCCCCCCUCCGCGGUUCUACCGUCUCCAAGGACGAAGGGACUCUGCUAUUGAAAUUCGAGACCCUGAAUCACCAGUUUACAAGUCUUGUACUAACGGGCGAAAGUCGGUCUCACCUAAGCCCCUGUUUACACGCACUGCAUCCUUUGCGACGAAAUUCAACACCCGCGUCGCGGUAGAAACCCCUUCGCCCAAGCGUCUACAAUACGAAAGCAACACUCCCACAUGGUCAGACCUGGGAUCUGAUGACGAUUUCGGUUUUGGUGUCGACGCCACGUUUAAUCUUGAUCCCAUCUUCCCUGAUGGUCUUGAUUUGUGCCUGAACGAACCUCAGUUUGACAGCAUGAUUGCAGACAGCGACUUGCAAGUCAAUUUUGUUUUCCUGCCACAAAAUGGAGGCAGCGAUUAUGCGCCUGGGCACGCCGAACAUCAACGGCCAAAUGGCGGCGGCCAAGAGCCUCUGUGGCCCACGCACGGCAUUCCGGCAGGUCAAGAUACUGCCUGGGAUCCUCUGCAAAUGCCACCGCAACACGCGCCGGAGAUGCGGCCACAACAACUCCCAAUGCCUCAACGCCAGCAGCAGCCACCUAUGAGACAGGGCCCCCAGACCGAAUACUAUGAGCAAUAUCGGCUUGCAGAAGAUCAAGCCAGCUCUCAUAUGCACUCCGGGCCUGAUGCGCACCACCCUCAGCAGCCGGAAGCCCCGCACAUGCCCAAUGAUGCCCGCGCGGGUUAUGCGCCAUCUCAACUACCCCCGGUAGCUGCCUCUCAACCCAUCCAAGGAUUCCAGAUGCAGUCCCGCUACCCGGAGUCUUCCAGCAGAUUACCUGUCCCAGGUGCCCCCAUCAGCUCUUUCCCGACGCCUCAGGAGGUUCACAUCAUUCAAAGCAACCGUCACGAGCCACGCCAGCCUCACCCCCUGGCCUCCAGCUCCUACAGUCCGGUGCAAGAAGGGACAUUGCCUUCAUCGUCACAUAGCCAGCAGUCUAGGCGCAGUCCGAUGUUAGAGGAACCACGGGCGGCUGGCACUCGAAGCACGCCAGUCACAGCUCGCCGAGCAUCAACUCAGUCCGUCCAUACGUUUUCGCCGAAUGCGUUGGUCGAGUCCUUCCGUCAGAGCACGCAGGCGCACAUUGCUACGUUGCAGAACCACCACGACCAGUUACAGCGGAACCCAACUACUGACGACGAGUUUCGCCAGGCCAUUGAGGCAUUGCAGGCUGCUCGCCGAGCCGCGGAUGACUCCUUGCAGCAACUUGGUCUGCUCCAGCCUAUCACCGGGAUUCCUCUGAAAGGCACUGAGAAGAGGCUCCAAUCCCUCGCUGAUCAAAUUGUUGACGCGAUGAAAGCUUUGUUUCCAAAUGCUUCAAAUUCGUCUGAGCAGAGCGUUCAGAGCAUGGUCCAGAAAGUUCAGAGCCUGAAGGACUUCAUUGAGUACGUCGAGGGUGUCCAUCCCGAAGUAGUCAAACGGGCUCAGGAGCCCGCUACUGCUGCUACCUGCGACAAGAAGAUGAACGCACCAGCUACUACGGCAGGCCGAGUGCCCUCGGCUCCGGCCUCGGUGUCCUCCCAAGCCGCGGACGACUCUGACUCUUGCCGCUGGGCCGACGGCCAGACCACUCCCCCGCCAGACCGGUCAUCCGCAAUGGUGCAGAACCGAGACCGCUCGCGCAUGUUCCGCGACAUGACGACCGCCCACAGUCGUCGUACCGAGCACCGAGUCAACAAUGGCCCGGAGUUUUACCCCCCCAAUAGCUACAGCCAGCCCUCAUCUCGGGUUCACUCGCCGAUGGCCGCCCACUCGGUACCAGUUGAGGCUCAGCAUCCCGCCGGACACGGCUUCUUCCACCAACCUCUUCCGACCCCUCUCCAGCAGACGAUGCAGAUGCCGGAUUUUGGCGCGCCGAUGGAAUCUCGGCCGAUGCAUGCCUACCCGCCGCCGGCUUCGGUCGAGAUGAUGCGUCCAAUGCAGCCCAUCCCGAGCCUGCCCCCUCAGCAACAUUACACAACUCAGCAGGAGAACUCAUUCUACCUGCGACCGAACCCGUCUAGCAACAUCUACCCCGCGAGCGGAGCAGAGAUGCCGCAGACGGCGUACGCCCCACGGUCUCCGUUGUCUUUCCAGCCGGGACCGGCCCCGUCUCAUGCCGGUUACUACCAAGAUGUAAGGUCCACGCUUCCGGACCGACGGACGGUUCGUCAGGAACGCCCUGCCCCUUACUCUCUCAACUACAGAGAUCAGAGACGACGCAGGGGAAGCCAGUGA